GAACGCUUCCUGCCAAUAGGGACAGAGGUCGUCAGCUUCACAUCUGCAUAUCCGUUGCUGGAUGGGAAUAAAAAGCACGUUUCUGCCCCAAUCUAGUUGUAGUCCAACGUGCUGGAUGGGCACAGAGCUCUCAUGGCACUCUGCGAGAUUCUCCUCUGUACCUUGAUAGGAUUACUGUUCGGUGGGCUCUACCUCCUGGGUAUGUUUCGGAGACAGAGACCUGGUGAACCACCUCUAGACAAAGGUAUAAUUCCCUGGCUGGGGUAUGCUCUGGAUUUCAGAAAGGACACUUCAAGGUUUCUGAAAAAGAUGCAGAGAAAACAUGGGGAUAUUUUCACGGUGCUGAUUGGUGGCUAUUACUUCACCUUUGUGUUGGACCCAUCCUGCUUUGGAGCCAUUGUGAAGGAAUCACGAUCUAAAUUAGAUUUUAGGACUUUUGCAUCUAAACUCGUCCUGCAGGUUUUUGGCUACAAGCCCAUUGAAGCCAACCACAGCAUAAUUCAUGCAUCAAGCACGAAGCAUCUGAUGGGAGAUGGUCUCACUGUCAUGACACAAGCCACCAUGGAGAACUUUAAGAAGCUGAUGCUUUUCAACCUGAGCUCAGGAGAGGAGAAGCGAGUGUGGCGAGAGGAUAGCCUCUUUGACUACUGCUACAAUAUUGUCUUCAGAGCUGGGUACCUGGCUCUAUAUGGCACCCAGCCACACCAAGGGGCAGAAAACAAGGAGAAAGCUAAUGAGCAAGAUCGCAUCCACUCCAACGAGAUGUUCCAUGAGUUUCGGAAGUACGACCGCCUCUUCCCUCGCCUGGCCUUUGCUGUGCUGCCUCCCAAGGACAAAAUAGAAGCUGAACGACUGAAGAAGCUCUUCUGGAGCAUGCUGUCUGUGAAGAAAAGCUGGCAAAAGGACAAUAUCAGUGGGUGGAUAAGUGAUCAAAACCAGCUUCUGGCAGAAAACGGUGUCCCUGAGUACAUGCGGGAUCGUUUCAUGUUUAUGCUACUCUGGGCAUCCCAAGGCAAUACAGGCCCAACUGCCUUCUGGCUUCUCUUGUACCUAAUGAAACAUGAAGAAGCAAUGAAGGCUGUGAAGGAUGAGGUAGAUAAAGUCUCAAGGGAGAAUGCCCAAGAAACGAAGCCAGGGAGCCCACCAAUUAACGUCACUAGGGACAUGUUAAACCAGACUCCAGUUCUGGACAGUGCUCUGGAGGAGACCCUGAGGCUGGUUGCAGCCCCAAUACUGAUCCGAGCUGUUCUGGAGGACAUCAGCCUUAAGACAAGCAGUGGGACAGAGUACACCCUCCGCAAAGGAGACAGGGUGGCCCUGUUCCCACACAUGUCUGUGCAGAUGAACCCAGAAAUUCACCCUGAGCCUCAUGAAUUUAAGUACGACCGCUUCAUAAACCCAGAUGGCACCAAGAAAUAUUUCUACAAAAAUGGGAAGAGGCUGAAAUACUUCAACAUGCCUUGGGGGGCAGGAGUAUCCAUCUGUCCUGGGCGGUUCUUCGCUUCCACUGAAAUUAAAAUGUUUGUAUUCUUGAUGCUGAGUCUGUACGACCUGGAGCUGGUCAACAGAGAAGAGGAGAUCCCAGCCAUAGACAUAAGCCGCUGGGGAUUUGGGACAAUGCAGCCUGCCUGUGAUGUUCGGUUUAGAUACCGGUUACGCUUUUAGUUUACAAAGUCUUUGUGUUGUUUGUUCUGGUGUUAUCUGUGAAAUAAAUUGUAUGAUCCCCUGCUUA